CGCGUAUUUCAUUCCUUCCGAGAUUCGCCGGCAAAAAUGGCCCGUAGCGAGAUGUUGCUCACCGGGACUGCGGUCGCCCACUAAUGAGCGGGGGGGAUCUGCGGUUUAAGACCCUCAAAUGAGCCCAAUCCGCGUGAAAGGCUCGCUUACGUGAGCACAGCAUGACAGGAAUUCAGGUGCAUGACGUGAAACAAGGCUGCCGUUGAGCUGAGCCCUCGGGACCAGGCGCUGGUCACGGCGAGUGGUGGAUUUAAUAUUAUGCAAACGCGGGCAAUAAUCUAGGGCCCCCCAAGAUUUUCGGGCAAUAAUCCGGGGCCGCCGAGAUUUUCAUGGGCCCCCAAACGUCGCAUAAAAACUGAUUAAUACAAUUUCUCAAAAUGUAAACCGAUUAUAAUUGAAUUCGUCUUAAUUCAUCCAUUUAUGUGCAUAAACAACAACAACCAGACGCUCUUGCCAGUAUCUGGACUGUGUUACCCGAGGAGGUUUCUCAUUUAGUUGCACUCAGUGUUCUAGUGUCUCCAGAGUACUGAUCUAAAUAAAAACACUGGAUCGCUCAUUGGCCACCAAAACUGAAGUCCCCAUCCGCCAUCUUGAUACUCCCAAAACAACCAUGCUGACCUGUGAUUAACUGUGUUAAUCGCCAGUUUUUGUGCCUGUGAAAAAACAUUCCACAGGUCAAGUUAGAAAGAUUUACUUUGACACUGUUAAAGUUUGUUUGUAAAAGGUUUUUUUUUUUUAAUUUUCAGAUGAGCUUAAUUCACUUGAACAAAGUUGUGUUUACGGUUGUUGUCGUUCACUGUUCACUCUCUGCUUCACCUUUAUAGGCCGUGAAAAAGCGAUGUAAAUAUUUUCCCAAACUUCAUCCGUGGAUAAGCAAGAAAACACAUUUUCUGUGAAAUUGUUGAAUUUUAUAAUACAGAACUCUGUAAAUGGAAUUUCAUUUUCAAAUGCGAGGAAACACGUUAAAAUUUUCUGUCUGAAAUAGGACGUCGCAGAGACAACAAAUGAACAAUGCGUUUAGCAUGUAUUUUCGCAUUGCGAGUCCUUAUUUCCAAAAAUAUACCGAACUGAUUGACUUGAAAUGUCAUGUUUUUAAUGACAAAAAAAAAGAUCUUUUUUGCUUUUUUGCUAAGUUAUGAUGAUACAGCUUCACAGCGUAUUUUGGGAAAAGUUGACGCGGAAAUCGGGCCCUAGGUAAUAUGCAAGGUUUCUUGGUAGUCUUGGUAGUUCUAUGUCUUACGUCGCACUUAUCCUUUUUUUGGCUUAACAACUUGAAUUAAAAAUCCUUUAUGUUACCAGAACUGAAAAAAAUGUCAAGCUCACACGACCAGUUUUAAUUGUACAUGCCAAACUUUGAGAAACCGUCACCCCCCCCCCCAACAUAAUUCAACUUCCUUCACUCGUUUUGGGAGUACCAAAAUGGCGGCCAACUGGCUUCAACCAAUCGACAUACCGCUCGAUGUGAAUGUCCAGUCUCAGUGCUCCAGAGAUCUUGACAUCGUGCUGACUUGGAUCAACGCUGACCCCUGCAGGUACCACGCAGUACUCCACAUACGUCACCAAUAUUGAAAUUAGGGCACCAACCGACAUACAAUGCAAUUCCUCAAUUUCCCUCAUUUUUACACUACAGGCGCUUGCUAGCUAGCUAGCUCUUCCGCUAGCUGUGUCUCGUCCUCAGGACGAGCAGGUUGAUGAUGAGAAAAAUGGUUUUGAGUGCGUCCAGAGCAGAGCGGAGCCUGAGGCAAGCAAGAAAAACAGACAAAAUCUGCGACCAGAUCAGCGACGCCGUCCUGGACGCGCACCUCAAGCAGGACCCCGACGCCAAAGUGGCCUGCGAGACCGUGUGCAAGACGGGCAUGGUGCUGCUCUGCGGCGAGAUCACGUCCCGCGCCAACGUGGACUACCAGAAGGUGGUGAGGGACGCCAUCAAACACAUCGGCUACGACAACUCCGAUAAAGGUUUCGACUACAAGACGUGCAACGUCCUGGUGGCUCUGGAGCAGCAGAGUCCAGACAUCGCCCAAGGGGUCCACGUGGACCGCAAGGAGGAGGACAUCGGCGCCGGAGACCAGGGCCUGAUGUUCGGCUACGCCACGGACGAGACGGAAGAGUGCAUGCCGCUCACCAUCGUCUUGGCCCACAAGCUCAACUCCAAGAUGGCCGAGCUCAGACGUAACGGCGUCAUCCCCUGGCUUCGCCCCGACUCCAAAACCCAGGUGACGGUGCACUACGACCAGAAUGAUGGCGCCGUCAUCCCCCGGAGGGUCCACACCAUCGUCAUCUCGGUGCAGCACGACGACUGCAUUUCCCUGGAGGAGCAGAAGAAGGUUCUCAAGGAGAAGGUGAUCAACGCGGUGGUCCCCGCCAAGUACCUGGACGACAAAACCAUCUACCACCUGCAGCCCAGCGGCCGCUUCGUCAUCGGGGGCCCUCAGGGGGACGCCGGCGUCACGGGCCGCAAGAUCAUCGUGGACACGUACGGGGGCUGGGGGGCCCACGGCGGCGGCGCCUUCUCCGGCAAGGACUUCUCCAAGGUGGACCGCUCGGCCGCCUACGCCGCCCGCUGGGUGGCCAAAUCUCUGGUCAAAGCCAAGCUGUGCAGGAGGGUCCUGGUGCAGGUGUCGUACGCCAUCGGCGUGGCGCACCCCCUGUCCAUCUCGCUGUUCACGUACGGCUCGUCCAACAAAACCGAAACGGAGCUGCUGCACAUCGUCAACAAGAACUUCGACCUGCGGCCGGGCGUCAUCGUCAGGGAACUCCAGCUGAAGAGGCCCAUCUACCAGCAGACGGCCACCUACGGCCACUUCGGCCGGCCCGAGUUCAGCUGGGAGGUCCCCAAGCGGCUGCUUCUCUGAGGCGCUCCGCGUCCUGGACCAAAACAACACCAAAG